UCAUCAUAAAUAAGUCAUGAGUGCGAUUUUUGGUAGACUGACAGAGGACUAUAUAAGACCUCUGAGAAGUGGAGAACAGUAUCAAAUAACAAAUUGCAAUCGCAACACAAACAUAUCAAGUCCCCAAGGAGAAAUCAAAACAAACAAAAUGUUCAAGCUGCUGGUUGUUGUUUUCGCUGCCCUAUUAGCCGUUGCUCUGGCUGUUCCCGCCCCAGUUGCUCGGGCUAAUCCCGCUCCAGUUCCGAUUGCCAGUCCCGAGCCCGCCCCCCAGUUCUACUAUGGAGCCAGCCCAUACGCCUAUUCCGGCGGAUACUACGCCUCCCCAUACUCCUACUACGGCUAAGUGACCAGCAUAACGCAAUUCAACCAACGACGACUCGUGAUAAU